AUGUCGCAUGCAGCUUCCACACGCUAUCGCCAUGUCAAUCCUCAUGAACGAGCCAAGUUUCUCCUCAGGUGGUACGAGCUGAUCACGAAUGCUCGGGAGGAUAUUGCCAAAUUCGUGGUAUAUGAGACCGGAAAGCCCAUGGCUGAAGCUAUCGGCGAGGUGGACUAUGCACUAGAAUUCGCCUGGGGGUUUACUGGCCAGGCUGAGCGACUGCGCGGUUCUAUUGCGUUGCCCUCUAUCUCCAACCGCCGCACGUUCGUGAUCAAUCAGCCGAUCCGCGUGAGUGUUGCUCUAGCCCCUUGGAAUUUCCGUGGCCACGAUCAUUCGCAAGAGACUCCCCUGAGCGUGAUGUCCUUAGCUGAUCUCGCCCUUCGUGUCGGGUUAACACCUGGCGUCCUCAACACGACCGACAAUGAAUACACUCCUGCUAUCAGCGAGAGACUCUACAAGCAUCCGUUGGUAGGAAAGUUAGUUGGUAACUGCCGCUUCAUCAUUUUCGAUGACGGGGACUUGGAUCAAGCAGUAGCCGCCUUGAUGAUCCUCAAGUUGCGUACCACCGGUCAAGCUUGUACUCAUGCCAACCCAAUCGAAAACUCAAGGUCAGCCAUGGAAAAAAUUCUGCUACUACCAUGGGGUCUACUUAUGACUAGUCGUGGUAUGGAGAAGCUGAACCGGCAUGUUUCCGAUGCAGUCAGCAAAGGCGGCAAACUUCUUCUCUUUAGUGGAAAGCAACCAUAUGGCCCUCAAGGCUAUUUCUUCGAACCUACAAUCAUCUCCGAUAUGAUCUCCGAUAUGCUGGCAUCUCAGGAAGAGAUCUUCGGACCGCCGUUUAGCUUGUAUAGAUUUGAAAUCGAGGAUGAAGCUAGGUUUCUCGAAAGCCUUGAGGCUGGCAUUAUUGGCAUGAAUACCGGUAAGUCCUGUUCUUUGGUUGUUUAUGUACUGCUCGAGCUCGAACAUGUUGCUCAGGGAAAUGCUUCGUGUGCCGAGUCUCCAUUCGGCGGUAAGAAGGAGUCUGGAUAUGGUAAAGAAGCUGGUAAAGACGUUGCUAUUGAGGAGCAUUUGGUGUCCAAGACCGGCACACUUACGGUAGAGGGGGUAGCCGGACUGUAG